GGAGAACUUGCUACACUAGACGUCAAGUUAAAAGCCAUUCAAAAUAGGCUGGACCAAAUGGCAAGUUCAGGAAACGAUUCUGUUAGAAAUCUUGUUCCUGAAGUUGUCAUGUCUGUUGAUUUAAAAAAUGUCAGUGACGACGAAGAAGAAAAAAUGUCUCAUGUUUUACAACAGUUAUUUGAAGAGGUCAUAGAUCAGGACAAUGAUUUUGUAUCCAGCAUACCACCCAAUUCGUAUGUUACACUAAGAGCAGCAGUCAAAAAAACUUUCCAGCUAUUUCAUCAAAAAGGAUGGAGAAUCACAAGAGUUACACAUGGAUGCAUACACCUGCAAAUACAAUGUAGUAAUUUUAAAUCGCUUACCGCCUUGUUUAGGGAACAUACUAACGGAGAAAUGGACAAUCAUCUUACAGAUUUAAAUGAAGCAUUAACCGAAUAUGUCAGUGGAGGACAGUCAUGCUUAGAAACUACUAUUUAUAAAGACGAGUUUUUGAAUGUUUUGGAUGAAUCAAUAUCAUCCGUCGAUAGAUAUUUAUCGGAACUCAACAUCAACUUUGAAAAGAAAAAUGAUAACGUGCAACCACUGAAGGAAGGCAGAAGGCAUACAUUAUCAUUUACAGCUCGAAAGAUAAGAUCUGAAAGAAGCGAAUCUUUCGAGGGAGACUACAACAAUGAAGUAUCAUCUUGUCUACAAUUUCUGAAAACAGAACUCGAAUCAGAAUUCAGUGGCUCGAAUUUAUUGAUUCAACCACAUUCCGAUACACAUGUAAAUCGCAAAAUGGAUGAUACGUACACCGAUGACGAGGUAGAGAAGCUGGAUGGACAGGGGAAUACCAUGCCAACGAUGAGUGAUGAUGUUAAAAUUUCCAAAUCAUGUACAGAAGAAAAAGAAAAGGAAAUCAGUUUUAAGUUUAAAGAUGAGGAAAAGAAAUAUGACAAGGCAGCGAUCAAGCGGUCUUUAGAAGAGAUUGAUCCAACGAAAGAGGCACAUGCAAAAAGAAAAUAUCAAAGUAGGGAAAAGAAGGAAAUUGCGAAACAAAUAAAUUGGAAACGUUUCUCAUUUACCGUGACGAAUCAGCUGCGAGAACCAUUUUUCAACAACAGCGUUUCCAUGGAAAUUGAAGAUGAAAACUGUCCCCUGAUUAAGUACAUGGAAAAGGCAGUUGCUGAACACAAUGGACUUAUGGAAAAAUUUACGACAUACGUCUCUGAUUUUGGAUAUAAAAUUGAAGCAAUAAAUGAUGCAAAAGCAACGCCUUUAGCUGAUAACUCAUCCUGGAAGAUAACAACUCAAUUUGGACCAACGCCAAACGAUAUAAGUUCCUUCAAACCAGAAGACGGUAUGAAUGUGCUGGUGGAACUCCAGAUCAAUGGUCCCGAUGACAACUGAGAUAAAUUCUGAAAUGUUAUAUUUGUAUUGCAAUGUAUUGCAUUACACAACAAAUACUGCAUUGUUGUAUAUCGUUUUUGUAUUGUAUUGUGUGUUAUAUUGUAUUGUUUUGCAUUUACUUUUGUAUUGAAAUUAAUGAUAAUCAGACCAAACUAAGAAAUCAUAUCGACUUAAUCAAAGAAACCCAUGAUUCCUUUGCCUUCACGGCAAACUUUAUCUUACAGUAUUAAAAAAUCUGAAUUGCCACUAUUAACCGGACAUUUUAACAAGAAAAAAUCUUUUAAUUCUAAAAAAUUUACAAAAGGACAAGGCACAGUUGAAUUUGGAAAAAAUACUAUGAAUGUUG